AUGCAACCCGGAACCCUCGACCUAUUACAGUUUGGCAUUGACCCAGAUACUACAUCCACCAUUGUAGAUACUUCUUCCAUUGAUACACACGGUUUUGGGGAAGGCUAUAUCCUUCGAAAACACAACUCCUACGAUGAAACGGACCGAGGGACAGAGGAAUGUCGAAACGAUUGGAAAACCUACGUUGGCCCGGUCCGAGUGUGGGGUAAUCGCAGCGACACUGUUGGAAACCUCAUGAGUUUGGGAAUGCCAAUGGCUAUACCUGAGAGUACUGACAGCCGGGUAACCCAAUCAAUCGCUGGCGCGAAACAACUCCAAUCCAAAAUUCUCUUGGAACUACUAGAAACGGAUCUCGAUUGUGGGAAACAACUUGUUGAACAAUGGCAGGAAAUGGUAUCAACCACAAUUACUCACUCGAAAAAUUUUAACAAUCUUGACGAAUAUUUGGAGUUCCGUAUCCUGGAUACUGGUUGCGGGUUUUCUGGUGGUGUAAUUCUAUUCGGCAUGGGCAUCAGACUGACCGAUGAAGAGCAUAAGAUUGCUCGCGAAGUUGUCAUAGCAGUUUGGAGGGCUCUCGCUCUUCUAAACGACUACUUUUCGUUCAAUAAGGAGUAUCGUGAGUUUUUGGAAUCCGAUGACACCACUCUUGUAAAUGCAGUCUGGUUAUACACACAGUGGGAGAACCUAGACAUCGAAACAGCCAAGGAGGUUGUUCGGAAAAAGGCACUAGAAUUCGAGCAGAAAUUCUUAAAGGACCGACAGGAAUUCCUUAAAACUCAUGCUCACCGGAAUACAAGGCUAGCAAAAUAUAUUGAAGGAUGGUAUUACGCAAUGUCGGCCAACUUAUGGUGGAACCUGGACUGUCCUCGUUAUCACUCAGCACCACCGAACCCUGAACCCACAGAUCCUUCGGUCAAAGAGAUAGAAGAAAAGCUCGGAAAUACUUCAAUAGGACAAAAUGUCGCAGAUCAGGAUUUAGCCACAAGCUCCACAUCUGACAAAGCGGCUAGUCACCAGAAGAAUGAAUUGGAAACACCCGCAGCUGCUGCAUCACCGUCUUUAUCCAAAGCAACAAAUGAAACAGCAGAAGCUUCCAACGAAGUGCUAGAUACUAAGCUUCUCCUUGAACCGUAUGAAUACUUGAUUUCAAUGCCCUCAAAAGGCGUUAGAGAAGCAUUUGUGGAUGCCUUGAAUCUCUGGUUUUCUAUUCCUGAACCCCAUCUUACAAAGAUCAAAGACAUCGGGAAGAAACUGCACACAGCAUCUAUUCUAGGAAUCACGGAACGCUCUGAUUGGGUAAAGUUACGAGAUGCAUUGGAGAGAUACUAG